ACGCCAGCGCGUCGAGAGCCACAGCUCCGCCAUAUUGCAGGAAAUCCGUCUGAGGUUUAGAGAUUAGCGUUUAAUCUGAGGAGCUGGGAACGAAAGUAUGAUUGGAAGGUACUGCUAGCCAUAUGGUUAGCUCGAGUGGGCGGGUGGAUCGCGCAAUCGCUGUUCUCACACGACAGGACAUAUGUUUAUGAAGACAAAUCGGCGCUUUUCGGCACGUUAUUAUUUUGCCGAACUCUCUUAUGAGUGUCUAGCUAAACUGACGAGUUGACAUUCUGACUCUGAAAAGUGGAAAAUCGGAUUAACGUUGAAGAUUGCGCACCAAACCCUAAUCAUCUUGUGUCGCUGGCUCCCGCUGCCACGAGCCCAAGAUAUCUGGAAGAGAAAGGCUGAUCGCUUGAUAGAUAGAUCAAUGUCAGCAGGAAAACACCAAGACCUGGCUCGAUUCUACUAACAUUAGCUUGUCAACGACGAUCGGUGGUUGUGUUUCUGUCAGCGAGGGCAAGCUGGCGAUGUUAUUAUGCUACCCUGUUACCCUGUGACCCGUGUACCCAACUGUUGUUCAGCGUUGACUAAAUUAGCUGUGUUAGAGUGUUAAAGCUGCCUGCUGGUCUGAAUUUGAACUGUUCUCGGACCCUCUGGAAUCCCUGGCCACUUUGCGAUCUCUUGUUUCUCGGACUGGCCCCAGCAAACAGGGAGGAUAUCUUUGGUUAUUUACUGGCUAAUAAAUCCCGACUGAACUGAGAAGAUGUCGACCAAAGAGCCGAAAGAAAAGCUGUCGACCACUGAACGAAUUAUUAAAACAGUCCCACUGCCCCCUCACCAGCGGCUGACAGUGAAGGACCUAUUUGUGGAUGGUAAACCCAAUGCUGAGAUACUGAAGAACCAUUUGAUCAAAGAGGGACGAGUGGAGGAGGACGUUGCACUGCGCAUCAUAAACGAGGGUGCCAACAUCCUUAGGCAGGAGAAGUGCAUGCUAGAGGUGGAGGCACCAAUCACUGUAUGUGGUGAUGUUCACGGACAGUUCUUCGACCUCAUGAAGCUCUUUGAAGUUGGUGGCUCCCCCGACAACACGCGCUAUCUCUUCCUGGGCGAUUAUGUGGACAGAGGAUACUUCAGUAUUGAGUGUGUGCUGUUCCUGUGGACUCUGAAGAUCAACCACCCCAACACCCUCUUCCUCCUCAGAGGCAACCAUGAGUGUCGGCACCUCACAGAAUACUUCACCUUCAAACAGGAAUGUAAAAUCAAGUAUUCCGAGAGGGUUUAUGACGCAUGUAUGGAGGCCUUUGACUGCUUGCCUCUUGCAGCUCUUCUAAACCAGCAGUUCCUCUGUGUACAUGGUGGCCUCUCACCAGAAAUCAACUGCUUAGAUGACAUCAGAAAAUUAGACAGGUUUAAGGAGCCCCCGGCAUUUGGGCCUAUGUGUGAUUUGAUCUGGGCCGACCCGGGAGAGGACUACGGCAGUGAGAAGACGGCAGAGCAUUUUAACCACAACUCAGUCAGAGGCUGCUCCUAUUUCUUCAGUUAUGCAGCAGUCUGUGACUUUCUGACAAACAACAACCUGUUGUCAGUGAUUAGAGCACAUGAAGCACAGGACGCAGGGUACAGGAUGUACAGAAAAAGUCAGACAACAGGCUUCCCUUCAUUAAUUACCAUUUUCUCAGCACCAAAUUACCUAGAUGUCUAUAACAACAAAGCGGCUGUAUUGAAAUAUGAAAACAAUGUCAUGAACAUUAGGCAGUUCAACUGCUCUCCUCACCCGUACUGGUUACCCAACUUUAUGGAUGUGUUUACGUGGUCGCUGCCCUUUGUGGGCGAGAAAGUGACUGAGAUGUUGGUGAAUGUCUUAAACAUCUGCUCUGAUGAUGAACUCAUGUCAGAGGGAGACGACUUAUGUGAAGGUGGAACUCCAGCUGUCCGUAAGGAAGUGAUCAGAAAUAAGAUUCGUGCCAUUGGGAAAAUGGCCAGAGUCUUUUCUGUUCUCAGGGAAGAGAGCGAGAGUGUACUGACCCUCAAAGGGCUCACCCCAACCGGAACGCUACCUCUAGGAGUGUUGUCUGGAGGCAAGCAGACCCUACAGAAUGCAGCCAUAGAAGCAAAGGAGGGUCGAGCCAUCCAAGGCUUCUCUCCUACAAGGAAAAUCCGCAACUUCGAAGAAGCCCGUGGCCUGGACCGAAUAAACGAACGGAUGCCUCCUCGGCGGGACGGCCAGCAACCUGACGGUACCACAGUUAACGCCACCAACGAGAAAAACGGCACUGAUGGCAAUGUGUAAAGAGGAGAUUUUGCACUCUUCCUCUGCUCCAUAGCAUUUUCUCUUUCUCUGCCACGUUCUCCACAAGAUAGAGCCCUCAACUGCCGGAUCCUGCAGAGGAGGGCCUGAGAUGUGGAGAGGAAUCAUUCCACAAGACAGAGAGAGAAAUCACUUACAACUAAGUACAAACAUGAGAUUUUAUUUAUUGAAUGAAAUGUAUUAGAUGUACUAGAUAGCAACAUUUUAAAGAUGAGUGAACAUUUGAAAGUGUGCAAAAAAACAGGUAUACAGUCACAAUGUGUCAACCUUUAAAGUUCAACUACAGUUUUGCAACUCGAGAACAGAGAUAUGGGUUCAAGAUGGUGUACAGAUCGGAAGAUCUAGUUAAUCCCAGUUUUAUAAUAUUUUAUGUCACAAUGUAUUUGGCAAGGGAUGGUUUGAAUAUACUAAUGUAUGUUAUCAAGAAAUGUCUGUAAGGGAUCUAUUAAGACAAAACAAACUUAAAGGAAAUAAGUUCUACUGGAAAAUAUUUUAUAUACCUGUUCAAGUAAGAUUCAGACUAAAUGAACAUAUUAGCUGCUUUGGGUUCCACAUGUCUAUUUCUACAUGGAAAAACUAGCAUUUAUAUAAAUUCUUGUCCGAUUACAGCCAGAUGACACACCACAUGUAAGUAGCCAUAACAUUGAUCUUCAAUAGGAGUUGUUUGAUUUUACUUGCAUGAGUGAAAAAAGCAAAAGCAAAGCAUGUCUUUUGAAAGCACUGUCACAAUCACAUAAUCAAACUUCUGCAUCUUUUUGUCUCUUAUGAAACGAUCAUUGGGCUAACUUUCAGACAAGACUUACUUUUCCUUAUUUCAUGUCUGCAACACUUAUCUUAUUACUGUUUCUUAAAAAAGAUUAUAGUUGAGAUUGCCACGCAACAAACCAGUUUUAAUAUACAGUGAAAUUUGUUAGCAUGCCUAUAAGCUCAUGUACACGUAUAACAGCCAACGUGGGACGUGUGAAGUUGCUUUGAUCGACUCAAAAGCCAAAGUCUUUUUUUGUGCUGUGAUGAGUUCGCUGCCAGAGCUCUAUCCAACCCCAUUUGAGGGAAUGAUGAUGAGGUAAUGGGGACAGUCUGAAGAAUAUUGCACUAAAUGCAAGUCAUUGUAAAUAGAGAACACCUAAACGUAACAGGUAAAAAGCAGGAAGUCCUGUUCUCUCUUUAAAGAAUGUCCUCCAGGCUUAAUGCAAAGUAUUCAUCUUUCACUGAGAGACUGCUCGUACAGACUCGAUUUCAUCCCGUUUUUGCUCGAGACAUUAACAAAGCAUGUUGAGUUUGAUAAAUGUGUCACAAACUGACUUGGUGGUUUGAGCUGUAACACUAUGUGAGGUAUUGUGGUAAGGUUUUUUUUUUUUUUUUUUUACGCUGCUUUUUUUAACAGGUUUAGGGAAAAUUGUGGUGUGUUUCCACCUACUGUUGAGAUACAGAACUUUUAAGAGACUAUGGAGGAAGAGCAUUAAGCCUUUUAAUGCAUGUUUUAUUCAUUUGAACAGGAGCAGAAGGUUCAUCUGGUUUUAAAGCAGGUUUUUAGUUUUUGAUUUUGCGAUGGGGUUAAAUGUCUGAUGCUAUGCACGAGCAAUGCACCCCAUUUUCUGAAAGCAUUUGAAAUGUACGUUUUAGACAACAGUUAAUUUUGUAAAAUGUAUUUGCGUGUGUGGAUUUUAUUUUUUAAAUACAGAACCAGUUCUUCACAUGAGACUGAUUUAAAAAGAGUUAAUUUUUUCAUCCCAAAAGCAUUCAAAUCUUAUAAUACUGACUAAUAUGUCAAGCUCAUCUUUAGGUGUAUGAAUUCAGCUUUAAUGAGAAAUAAAUAUGUGAUUGCAGUGCGACCUUCCAGCAUACAGCAUUUCUUGAAGUGUGUAUGUGUGUUUUGCAUGAUCAAAUUAGUGCAGUAUGUCUGUGGACUCCAAAGGGAAAAUUUGCUACAUUUAUUUGCAUGUAUUUCGAAUGAUACCAAUGGAAGUACUGAGAUUAUCAGGUAUACAGUUUACCUUGAAAGUUUAAACGGUGUGUGGGCUGGUCUUGGUGUACUGGCAACCUGAAUUUCUUUAGUGGAAGAAAGAAGAAGUUUGAAUCUCUUAAGUUUCUGUUUGCAAUGAAAUGUUGAGUAUUAGGCCUUCACAGGCUCAGAGAUUCAAUGAAGUCCCUGAAACACAUCUGUGGGAAUGUGUAGAAAUGUUUAUGCACAACUAUAGCAUAAUUAAAAAUACUAUGUGGGGAUUUCAUUGAACAACCAUUUUAUCAAGUGCUUGAUAUUAUGUAGAUGUAUCAGUUACGACGACAAAUAAAAACUGAAAUACUGUGGA